GGAUUGUGGUAGAUAAGAUGGACAAGUAUAAAUAUAUGAACGGAAUGUCGGUGAUCUUUGUUAGGGUGAUUGUUUACAAGAAUGUGUUUCCGAAAUAAUAAGUUUAAAAAAUCGUUUUACUGAAUAAGGCUAUGUUGCUUUGAUUAAACCGCAAGACCACAUUUUAAGAAUUCCAUUGUAUUCUGAAAAGCUCAGAAGUGUGCAGGGGUAUGAAAUCCGGGGAACAAAGAAUCAUUAAAAUUUGUUAUAAGAUAUUCCUCAUCUAUACAAUACUUAACUGAGCAAAAUGAAUCAUACUAAUGGUAUGCACAGUGAAAAAUCAUUACCUGUGACAACUUGCAUAGAGGAUACAUUGAAGCUGAUUAAUCAUGGAGUUGAUGACGAUGAUGACGAUGAUAGUGAAGAAGAUUUCAUCUUACUACAGAUGCCACUUGUUCCAAAAGAAUUCACUGUUAAGCAGGAAAUCAAAACUGAAGAAGAGGAUGAAGUUAAAAUAGAGUACCUAUACCCAGAGCAGGUUGAAAUCAUAGAAGAAUAUGAAGACAGUGAGGUGGAUGUGCCUCUUGAAAGUAAUGAAAAUAAUGAAGUGAAUCUAGAAGAAGAAGAUCCACAAGAACCAUCACCACUGAAAGAUCUGCAAGAAGAAACAAGGAAGAUAAGCUAUGAAGAACAAAAGGCUGAGCUUGAGCAGAAGAUCAGGGAUAUUAAAACUUACUAUUCAGCGGUGUCCUCAAUGUGCAACAAAUUAGAUGUGUUUAUAAAGUCUGUGGAUGAAAAGUUGGUGUACACAGAACAGUUAAACAACAAGCAUAAGAAGGUCAUUGGAAAGUCAUUGGAUCCAACCAAUUCGAAGUCCAGUGGUUGGGUUCAUGUGUUUGGUGCGCCUUACUUCAAAGACAGGCAGUUCUUUUAUGGGCCCAAAAACUACGAUGUUCUGCAGAAAGAGCAGAGGAAUGAGAUCAACAUCAACAGUCUCCCUAACACACAUUUGUGGAAACCGUACGAGAAACAGAAAGUGGCACAGGCCAUCAUGGAUAUAGAGGUCGAAAAACGGAUUGAGCGUUGCAAGAGAAGGAUCUCUGAGCUGUCGUCUGAGCUUCACAACGUGGAUGAAGAAAGGAGGCUGGAGAUGGAAGAUGAGUUGUCAGACGUGCGGGAGAGGCGAAAGUUGAUCAAGAAGCUUAGCCUGGCCGAGCUUGUGCAUGGGCGUUUUGAUGAGUAUGAUUGGUUGAAGAUAUCUGUGACUGAUCUGUGCAACCAUCAUUCGCCAGAAGCGGUCCGGAGCAUGUGGUUUGCUUACCUGCACCCAGACAUCAACAAAGAUGAGUGGACGGCAGAAGAAAUGGAGAUGCUGAAAACUCUUGCUGAACGAAAUAAUUUCCAGAACUGGUCGCUAAUAGCCGAGCAGCUGGGGACGGGCCGCUCGGAGUUCCAGUGCGUCCGCUUCUACCAGAUGAACCUGAACGAGCAGCUGACGCGGAGCAAGUGGACGCCCGAGGAGGACCGCACGGUGCAGCAGAUGGUGGAGCGGUACCGCGUGGGCACGUUCAUCCCGUGGGCGCGCGUGGCGGCCAUGGUGAAGGGGCGCACCAAGGUGCAGGUGUUCAACCGCUGGAAGUACUGCCUGGAGCCGAGCAUCAGAAAGGGUCGCUUCACCGAGGAGGAGGACCUCAUGAUUCUGGCCGCAAUGAAGUGGUACGGCAGGAACUUCCAGCAGAUAUCCCGCUUCGUACCUGGCCGCACGCCCAUACAGCUGCGCGACAGGUACAACGCCAGUCUGGAGAACACAGAGCAGUUCACGUGGGACGAAGCUUGUGAUGAGAAACUGGUCGAAAUGGUUGAAGAGUUUGGUCAGUCUGCGUGGGCUGCCGUAGCCAGGUCAUUCAGUGGCUUUAGCAGAGUGCAGAUUCGUCACCGGUACUUUGUCAUUGAAAAAUGGCGUGAGACUCAUGGUGAUAAUAGUUUUCCUCCAAUUCGGUAUCAUACAACGAAAAGAAACUACGACCCGAAACUUGAAGAUAUUCUCGGGUCUUACGUCAACAUUUCAGAGGAGAAAGCUACAAUCAUGGGUGACAAGCCAUUGUUUCAGAUCCAAAAUAAGCUUGGCUUGCAACACAAGAAGAAAAGAGCUCGUUCCAAGGCCAGAGCCAGGCGAACAAAAUACUCCACCGCACUGGAUGCCUUGUACUUGAAACAUUUCAGUGUUUCCUAUUAUUGCCAGCGUUCAACGAAUAAACGGGUAGUGGAUAAGGAAGUGAUUGAAGAUGAUGGAAAUGUUUUGAAGUCUUUACUGACAAUUUUCAAUGCCGUCUUAAAUAUUCCUAGUGAACAAUGUGUUAAAAAGAAUUUCGGCAUUAAAUAUCCAGAUGAUUUGUGUCUGUUGGAGUACUUGAGAAAUGGCACUCUAUCAAGUAAAAAAACAGCUAAAGAGCAAAAAGCAGAUGAGAACGUAAGAAGUAGGACAGAUAAAACCCCAAAAGACAUGGAAGUAGUAGACAUUACCGAUUCUGGAAGCACCAUGUCGUACACUGAAGUAGCUGCUGCUGACACACCAGUUACCGAAGUAAACACAGGCAUAGCCUCGACUGAUCUGAUUACAGCCUUGUUGCCAAAGAAAUGUAAUUACUCUUUGGCCAAUUAUGUUAACAAUAAGGAAAGCAUGGUGCCAAUACCAGUUCAGGUUCGUAGAGCAGCAAGUUCAGAUCAUUACAGAAACAAAAAAAGUUCAGCCGCCAGUGUUUUGAGCUCCAUGUUGCCACAGAAAUGCAGUUAUUCGUGGGCAGAGUCAUUCAUGGGUAAUGUCAAAAAGCGUAAAGGUAACAGCAGCUCCACUGCUCGUAAACUGUCGUCUGUAUCCUCUUGCCCAUCACCACCUGUCGAUAUUGUUUGUGAAUCAGGUGAACCGUCUCGCAGCAGAGAAGAUGAGAAUAAUGUGCUGCAAUCUGAAUCUAUUGUUGUCAAUUCUGAUCCUAACCUGGUAACUGGAGAUUCGAGUGUUCCUAUAGACAAUGGGAUCACGAUACGCUGGUGCUUGGUACCUAAUUAUUCAACGCUUAUCGCCUGCAAAACUAUGCUCUUAUCCGUUGGUCCACUUUUGAGAACUGUUGACGGGAGUAGAAAACGGGAAAAGGCUGAGAAGUUGAGAAAGGAAGACAAAGCUUCUACCAAAUUGACUUUGGAAAACAUAGUUAAGAGUGAUGACCCAUUAGCCCUUCAGGAAAUGCUCACAGAGUUUGAUGUGGACACAAGCCAGAAUAAUUUGUCAGGAAAAAGCUCGUUUACAUAUGUGGAAGCAGAUGCACUUUGCAAGCAGCGCUUUGUCUCUAUCCUCUUGUUCCCAGCACUGGUAUCCAUCAGAAAUCUCAAGAUCUGUGAUGAUGUGUUUGAGCUAGCAAAUGAUAGCAAGCGAUGUAAGAAUCAGUAUGAGGAAAACAUUGUUAAACAUAAAGUGGAUAGUCAUAUUGUUAAAUUUGUUGAUAAGCUUACUGCAGGUAAUUUUAGGAACUACCAUAGAAGUACGCUCAAAGAAAAUGUGCCUGUAAUAGAUUUAGAGAGUGAAGAUGCAGUAAUGCAGUCAAAUUCAAUAGCACCACCGGAAGAGGCAAUUCCGAAGAAAAAAAGAGGAAGGAAAAGAAAAGUAGAAAACACCCAUGCUGAAGAAACAAGCUCCACAUCACAACAAACAGAUGCUUUGCCAAAGAAAAAGUAUGCCAGUCGUUCUCCUAAAGAACCGACCAGGAAAAGUGAACGGCCUCACAAACCAGUAUCGCGAUUGGAACAUUAAUAUACAUAACUAGUUUUCUUAUUUUUCAGAACCAAGUACAGUUUGAUCACUGAACUUUUUUUUUUGGUUACUGAAGUGUGGUUAUGAACUGUGUUUCAUCAAAAUAUGUUUUUGGUAAUCAAAUGACUUGUAUAUACUUAUGCAAAGACUUUUUUGUGAUUUUACUUAAAAUACAACUUUUUGGUAACAGUUGUUAUAAGUAAAGUAUCCUGUUCUGUUUAUAUCCUUGUGUGCUUUUGUAAAUUGCAUAAAAUUUUUAUAUUGUAAAGAAAUUGAGUUGAUAUUUCUGGUUCCAUUUCACAGCCAACUGCAGUCUUGCAAACACAUGACUAUAAAAGCAGAUCAGAGGCACAACACUAGGGAGAUGAGACAUAUUUGGUUUUUCAUGGUUAAAUCGACAUUUUUUAAACCCUUGCUUAGUAGUUAUUCCUAAAUGCUGUGUAGUCUUCCACUGUAUGACAAAAUUAAUCUUUUCACUGGUUUGGUAACUCAUAUUUAUGCACUUAUCCAGUAAAAACAUUCAAUUAUUGAGGACACCUCCAAUUCUAUCAAAUACACAACCAAGAAGUUAAACAAUUUCAACUGUUGCCAGUUUUGAAAUACAGCACCUUUUCUGAGAUAAAAGAUUUGGCACAUUUUUAUGAUCAACUUCCUACCUGACAGUUGUGUAUGAGGCAAUUAUUACGUUUAAUUUUUUGAUGUUACAGAAGGAAUUAUUUUUUUUUCUUUUCAAUGUUUUGUUUCAAAAGGGCAGAUUGGCGCACAUGUGCAAGGUCAGUCCAUAUGAUACUAACCAAUAAUAAAAUAACUUGUUGCUGAUGUAUUUUAUUUUUAUUUGUGCAAUUUCUGUUUAUAUAUAUUUCUGGAAGUAUUAAACUUUUUUUAAUUCUUUAGGUUUUACAAGCCAUCAAGUAACGCUAUUUUACAAAAUUGCUGAUUUUCGAAUAAGUAUAUUUUAAAAAGGACUAAACCAAAAAAUCUAAAUUUUUAUAAAAUUCCCUUAUAGUAAAUGGUAAUCAACACAUACAAUUUCAUGAUUGUGUAUUGAUUAGAAGUAUUUCUUUAUUGAUUUAAAAAAAAUCAAGAACUACACAAAUAAGGUUCAGAUCUCCAAAUAUGUCAGGACACGAAAGGAGCAUGUAUCUGCAGGCCUAAUACAGUGUACUGCAGCUCAUUUGUUAAUUAGCUGUGCUUGUAAGACGUGAAGUUAGUUCUUUGUCAUAUAAGGUACUGAAGUGAAGUUCUUUGUUUGGAAUUGUGUAUGUAUAUUUUCUUUUAUUGUUAUGUUAAAAAGGAAGUGAAGUUGAAUGUUCUGUUGGUUUAUUAGUAAAAGAAGAUUGCCUUAAAACACAUCAUCCAUAUUCUAAAGAGAUUUUUUAACUAAGUGAUCUACCUCAAAAUUAGAAGACUUUGAUAAAGUUAAGAGUUAAUCAAAGUAUCAUUUCUGUUUGUAAGUACCAUAGAAAUAAGUUUAUAGAAAAAAUACGAUCACAAUUUUUUGGAAAAACCUGUAGUAAUACAUUCCAGAGCCAUAACAUGUGGUGAAUAAAAGUUUAAGAGAAAUUAAACUUGAAUGGCUAGAAAAGCCAAAACAAUCUACAGUUGAUUUGAUGCUGGUAAAAUCACUUGAACCAUCAUGUUACAAAAAAAAAUUAUUUAGCUUUGAAGAAUAUCCCUCAACAUGUGACAAUGACUGUUGCGGACUUAGAAAAAGUAACUUUAAGAAUAAACUCUGUUCAUUGCAAUUGGAUAUUUCCCCAGCCACAAAAAUAAUCAAGCUAAAUAAGUACCAGCAGUAACCUUCUUUACAAAAGAAGUCCGUAUUGGUUUCACACGUCUAUAGUAGCGCUGGAUUGAGAUAUAAUUUUCACAAGUUGCAAGCAAAUGAAUUUUAUCGUUCCGACUUUUGCCUGGCAGUCUAACCAGCACGUCCUCUUAGCAAAUAGCUUGAGAGUCAACCAACUAUAGCAAAUAAUAUAUAUCAAGUGUUUUUUGUGUGAUAAAAUAAAAAUAGUAAUAUACAUGUGUGCAAUUGUGUAUCUAAUACCAACAUUAUGAACACACAAAAAAAAAUUACCAAACUAAGUGUUCUACUCGGUUCACUUUCAUGAUGUGUUACCAUCAGCGCGGUAUCGUCCACGUACAUGACAAUCGUGCAUUCGGGAGGCUUGGGAAUGCAGACCUGCCAACUCUCACGAUUUUGGUGUGAAGCUCACGAUUUUAAGGUCCAUCUCACGCCCUCACGCCAAAAUAGUGUUUCAUCACGAUUUUUCGGGGCCCCAAGAUUUUGUUUGUAAAAGUUACAAAACAAGUUUUACGAAAGCUUACAGUAACGAGUUUUCAUCAAUACUCGAGUCACGUAAAGGAAGCAAUUUUGCGUUUUGUAGCGUUUGCCGUGCUGAUUUUUCUAUCUCGCAUAUUGGAAGAGGAGACAUUGUGAAACAUGUCGCUACAAAAAAACACAACUAACACAUGAAGUGUAUUGCUACCAAUAAAAAAAUUAAUUUUGCUGUGAACAGUGAUAAUAGUGUUACACUAGCAGAAUGUUAUUUUACAUCUUUUAGUUGCGAGACUUUCGACCAUUUCCUGACGGACUGUCGUCUGCUAGUGAAAC